AAAAUGGCCGCUAUGUGUCACUGUAACGCUCAGCGACUGUGUUUUAUUCACUAAACAAACGGAGCAGAGAGGAGGAAGUUACCUGCAUUCCGUGUUUACGUAUGAAGAAAAUAUCUUUGUCUACUCCCCGAACGAUGGAAACCAUCGCUGCCAGCAUCAGUUCUUAAUCAGCGGCUGUUUCUUCUCGCAUGAACGAAUCAAAUCAGCCCGUCUGUCCGGACCGGAAACGGGAACGGUUGACGUUUUUAUCGAUUUAUAAAGCAUUGAAACAUGACUUAUCUUCACGCUGACGUCAACAGCAGGUCAUGCUGUAAAUCUGUUCAGCUACACAUCACAACAGCUGACUCAGCCUGUCAGAAGGCGGGUCCUGCGGCCUGUCACUCAGCCCGGCUCCUGCUCUCUGAUUGGCCCCUCUCCUCCGGGGUGGGCGGUGCCACGUGCCGCCACAUGGAGGCUGCUGGGUGUCUCCGUGCCCGUCAGUCUGAUCCAUCCUCCGGUGGAGACGCUCCGGACACUCUGGAGCAACUUGGCGCAUCAUCACCAUCAUCAUCAUCUGUACGGGAGAAUAUUUGAACUGAACUGAGACUCAUGGACUCUGAUUAUUGAUUACUGAUUACUGUCUGCUGAUGUGAUCAGAUUUUUUACCGGAGCACCGGAGAGGAGAAGACUUCUUCUUUUAUUUGUGCGUAAAAGUCCCUGAUUGAAUUUUUACUUCAGUGUAGAGGACUGAGACUGUUACUGAUGUUUCCCUUUGCUUGUUCCCGGAGCUCACUGGGAAGAUUUCAAGUGAAUUGUUUCAGGAAGUAAAGGUUAUUCUUUUUCCUGCUGCACGGGACUUUGCGGAUUUUUAUUUUUACGCAUAAAAUCCUUCAGUUUUGGAUCCGUAUCAGCUCUCGCGGACACUUUGCUGUCUCCUGCACCUGAACCGGGUUUAAUGGAAACAUGACCAAAGCUGCAAACGGACCGGUUCCCCUGCACGACCUCCUCCGCCUCCUCCACCUGCUCCCGCUGCUGCUGCUCCAUGUGUCCCCGGUGUGUCUGUCCGCGCAGCCCGAGCAUCCAGCGCGCUACUUCGGACACAUAGCGGAGAACUCUCCGGCCGGGACGGCGGUGGACGGGGUGCUGCUGCCGCUCGGAGCCGGCGGCUGUCCCGGCGCGGACCUGAACGCCAGCCUGCAGGGGGACUACGCGUCGGAUUUUAGGCUUGUGCACCGCCGCGGACACCGGGAGCACCGCGGACAUCUGGGUCUGGUCUCCGCUAAAGCGCUGGACCGGGAGUUUAUAGCGAUGUACGAGCUGCGGGUGCAGCUGCCGCCGCGGUGUCUGAGGAGACCGGCGGCCGUCCAGGUCGAGGUGUCGGACAGGAACGACAACAUCCCCCGGUUCACCACCGGGAACGUUACGGUGGAGGUGGACGAGCUGACGCCGCUCGGUACCAGCUUGGCCCGCUUUGACGCGAAGGACGGCGACGCGGAGAGGAACGGACGCGUCACCUUUUACGCGUCACCGGAGUCUCACCUGCUUCACGUGGUUCCCCAGACCGGACAGGUUCGGCUGGUCGGGUCCCUGCAGGGGGUCAGCCGGGUCACCCUCCGCCUCUGCGUGAAGGACGGCGGAGACGUGGCGCUGAUCGGGGAGCCCGCGUUCCUGCGCGUCGACGUCCACCGCUCCGGCAGAGCGCGGCGGAGGCCCCGCGCUCUCUCCGAGGAGCUGACCUACACCGUGACCGUCCCGGACCACGUCAGAGUCGGGGACCUGGUGUUCACGGUGCCUGACCAGAGGUUCCAGCAGCGGUGGUUCGAGGUGAUAUCGGAGGCGGACUCGCCGGUCCAGAUCGAGCGGGACUCGGGACGUCUGUACCUGGCGCGCAGCCUGCGGGAACCCGCCGAGGUGACGGUGAAGAUCCAGAACCUCCGAGGUGAUGAGUGGUACCUGUGCAGGCUGACUCUGAGCAUGCCCAGUCAGGCCAACCUGCAGUGGGCGAUGUUUCCCUCGCCGUACCUGGGCGCCGUCGGUCCUGAUGCCACACCUGGCUCUGUGGUGUACCGACUGUCGGCACGGCAACGGGACGGGACGCAGGGACAGGCCCAGUUCAUCCUACUGGAUGGUGGGGAGGAGUGCUUUCAGGUCGACCGUCGUUCCGGUGAGAUCCGGACCUCAGGACAACCUCUGACUCCGAGUAAAGAGUAUCUGCUGCGGGUGCAGGCGAUGGACGGACACGGACGUAAAGGUCUGCCGGCCACGGUGUCCAUCCUGGCCGGUUACCGACCUCCACAGUUCACCAACUCCACCUACAGCCUGAACGUACCGGAGAACACACCUGUUGGACAACCCGUUGCGGUGGUUCAGGCCGUCUCCUUCCAGAGGAAAACUCUGUCCUACAUGCUGCUGGUGAAUCCUGGGAACUUGUUCAGCAUCAACCAGGAGAGCGGAGCGCUCAGCCUCACCCGGACCGUCGACUAUGAGAGCGGCCACAACCUCCACACCUUGCAGGUCCGAGCCUCCGAACCCGACACCGGGCUCAGCAGCGUGGCAGAGGUUGUCGUUCAUAUAACGGAUGAAAACGACUGCACACCUGAGUUCCUCCACUCCAUCUACACAAGAGACAACAUACCUGAGAGCGUCGCACCUGGAACCUCCCUGCUGCAAGUCCUGGCCCGGGACUGUGACUCCGGUGUGAACUCCGAGCUCUCCUACUUCGUCCAUGGCGGCGACUUCGACAUCACGUCGGGGGGCGUGGUCAGCUCCGCCCGUCGCCUCGACUACGAGCGGCCCAAUCACAUCUACGAGUUUGUCGUGGUCGCCGUGGAUGCCGGCACGCCCCCCCGUACCGGCACCGCCUCCGUCCGCAUCCGGGUCGCCAACAGCAACGACGAGGCGCCCGUCUUCUCCCAGAGCGUUUAUAAAACCUUCCUCAGCGAGGACGCCGGUCCGGACACGCUGGUCGCCAUCGUCCACGCCAACGACCCCGACGGAGACGGCGUCUCCUACGCCAUCACCGGCGGCAACGAGGACAGCAACUUCCUGCUGGACAACCAGAAAGGGAUCAUCAAGCUGAGGCGAAGUCCACCUCCGAGGUUAAGAGGACCGCAGUACGUCCUCAACAUCACCGCCACCGACGACAACGCGUCCGGCGGACCGUACCCCCUCAGCAGCUCCACCCAGGUCAUCGUGGGAAUCAACGACAUCAACAACAACAAGCCGGUUUUCCAGGAGUGUCAGAACUACAGCCUGAACGCCGCCGUCCUGGAGAACCAGCCGCCGGGGACGUUCGUGCUGCGCGUCCAGGCCCACGACGCCGACAUGGGCGUCAACGGAGAGGUCAAAUACGGCAUCAUGCACCGAGACGGCGUGUCGUCGGGGUUUGACAUUAAUCCAGACACAGGUGUGAUCACCACGGCGAUGAGCUUCGACCGGGAGCGGCAGAGGGAGUUCACGCUGUCGGUGACGGCCACGGAUCAGGCCGAGGAGCCGCUGAUCGGGAUCUGCCAGAUCACGGUUCUGAUCGCAGACCAGAACGACAACGACCCCAAGUUUGAGAACAGCCGCUACCAGUACUUCCUGCGUGAGGACACUCCGGUGGGAACUAGUUUCCUUCGAGCGGCGGCGCACGACGACGACCAGGGGAGCAACGCGGCCAUCACCUACUCACUGUCCAAUCAGAAGCCGGCGUACCUGCACAUCAACCCCAGUACGGGCUGGGUGUACGUCAACCACCCCAUCUCACAGACGUCCAGGAUCAACCAGCAGAUCGUGGCGUCUGACGGAGGGAACCGCAGCAGCUCCGUGGAGCUGACCGUCAUCAUCACCAACGUCCACAACCAGCCGCCGCACUGGGAGCAGCCCGAGUACUGGGUCACCGUCCCGGAGAACACCGUCCGAGACGCCAAGAUCGUGACCAUCAAGGCGACGUCUCCGCUCGGCGACCCCCGAGUGACCUACAACCUGGAGGAAGGUCAGGUUCCGGAGACCAACAUGCCAGUGCGGUUCUACAUCAAGCCAAACCGGGCGGACGGCUCGGCGUCCAUCCUGGUGGCUGAGAACCUGGACUACGAGACGACGCGCUUCUUCACGCUCAGGGUGCGGGUACAGAACGUGGCCGCCGUGCCGCUCGCCUCCUUCACCACCGUUUACAUCAACGUCACAGACGUGAACGACAACGUCCCUUUCUUCCUGUCGUCCACCUACGAGGCCACGGUUCCCGAAGGAGCAGAGAUCGGCACGUCGGUGGCUCAGGUGUCUGCCACCGAUCUGGACUCUGGUCUUCAUGGGAUGAUCCACUAUGUGAUCCUGAAGGACGAGAGCGGAGACUCCCAGUUCUUCAGCAUCAACUCGCGCAGUGGCGUCAUCGUCACCCGGGCGUCCUUCGACCGCGAGCAGAAAGCCUCGUACCUGAUCGAGGUGCAGUCACAGGACGGGUCCGAGUCGGCCCGACCGGGUCAGCAGGGACAACCCAACACCGACACGGCGUACGUCAGGAUCUUCGUCACCGACGUCAACGACAACGCCCCGGCCUUCGCCCAGCCGGUAUACGAGGUGAGCGUGGAGGAGGACAAGGAGGUCGGCUUCGUCCUCAUCACCGUCACCGCCAACGACGAGGAUGAAGGUGCCAACGCCAAGCUGCGCUAUCAGAUCACGUCGGGAAACACCAUGGGCGCCUUCGACGUGGAGCCCGAGGUGGGCACCAUCUUCGUGGCUCAGCCUCUGGACUACGAGACGGAGCGGCGCUACGAGCUCCGGCUGGUCGCCUCCGACGGGAAGUGGGAGAAUGAGACGCUGGUGGUGGUGCAGGUGGUGAACCGCAACGACGAGGCGCCCGUCUUCAGCCAGACCGAGUACCACGCUGCCGUGACCGAGGAGCUCACCCAGCUGCCGGUCUUCAUCCUGGAGGUGUCAGCCACAGAUCCAGACCAAGAAGCCGACCAAACCGCCGUUCGCUAUUCUCUCCAUGGCCAGGGCGCUGGAGGCGAAUUCACCAUUGAUGAACGCACUGGACGAAUCUACGCUCAGCGUCGUCUGGACCGCGAGGAGCGUCCGGCCUGGAGAUUCCUUGUCCUCGCCACAGACGAGGGAGGGGCCGGCCUCACGGGAUUCGCUGACGUCCUUUUAGAGGUCCAAGAUGUCAACGACAACGCACCCUUUUUCCCGUGUCCGGCGCUGGAAGUAGAUGGAUGUUUUGUCGGCCAAGUGCCUGAAAAUUCACCUGCCGACACCUCCGUCAUGGAGAUGCGAGCCAUGGACUUGGACGACCCCAACGAGGGCAAGAACGCCAUGCUGACCUACAGCAUCAUCAAGAACGUUCGCAAUGAGAUCAACCUCAACCUGUUCUCCAUCAACGCCACCACAGGGACCAUCUACACAGUUCUGCGUUCCCUGGACCGGGAGGUGGAGGACCGGUAUCUAGUGGUGGUGGAGGCCAGGGAUGGAGGGGGAUUGGCCGGGACGGGGACGGCCACCAUCAUGGUUUCAGAUGUCAACGAUCACCCACCUGUCUUCACUCAGAGAGUCUACACCACUCAGGUGACAGAGGACCUGGAGGUCAACAGCGAGGUUCUCGUUGUUUCUGCCACAGACGGAGACGAGGGUGAGAACGCCGUCGUGACCUUCAGCAUCGUUGGAGGUGACGAGGACAGGAAGUUCUUUGUGGAGACCGACAAAGUUAACAGACGUGGCGUGAUAAAGCUCAAGAAGAAGGUCGACUUUGAAAAGCCCCACGAAAGGACUUUCAAUCUGACCCUGAAGGCUGAGGACGCCGAUUUCUUCAGUCUCGCCUUUUGUCUCGUUCAGGUGGAAGACUCCAACGACCACGCCCCCGUCUUCUUCCCACAGUUCUACGAGUCGCCGGCCAUGUCCGAAGACGUACCUGUGGGGACUAUUGUUGCUCAGGUUACAGCUUCUGAUUUAGACUCCGGCCAAAAUGGACGUUUUUCUUACAGCAUUUCCAAAGAGUCGGACCCUUACAGCCAGUUCCUGGUGGACCAGUCUGGUUGGGUGGUAGUGGCUGAUUCUCUGGACAGGGAGAAAAUCUCGCAGCACAGGAUCAUGGUCCUCGCCACAGAUGCUGGGAGUCCACCCUUGACUGGAACCGCCAUCGUGAUGGUGACUGUACUUGACGUUAACGACAACGGGCCGGAGUUCGAGGUCCUGUAUAAGCCUGUUGUUUGGGAGAACACGGCGGCACCCCAGGCCGUACGGAUGAACGAAACCUCCCUCCUCCUCCACGCCACGGACCGCGACACCUCCACUAACGGCGGGCCGUUCUCCAUACGACUCCUCAUGCUCACAUCGGACGCCACCAACUUCAACCUGACGGACUUUAAGAACGGCAGCGCUGCCAUCACAGCCCUCCGGACCUUUGAUCGUGAGCGGCAAAAAGAGUACCGCCUCCCGAUUCUUAUGAUUGACAGCGGCUCUCCGCCAAUGAGCUCCACCAGCACACUGACAGUUGUCAUCGGCGACAGGAACGACCACCCCCACUCACCAGGACACACCAACUUCAUCGUCUACAGUUAUGAGGGUAUCCUCCCGACAACGGUUCUCGGACAAGUUCAAUCCCCCGACCUUGAUGACUGGAGUGAGAAGGUGUACCGGUUCGAGGGCAAACCAACCAGGUUGUUCAGUCUGAACCAGAGCUCGGGUCAGCUCAGCAUCAGGGAGGGGACGCCGCCGGGCUCGUACCACCUCCAGGUGCGCGUGUCCGACCACGCCUGGCCCGACGUCACCUCCACCGCCCAGGUGGACGUCACCGAGCUGCAGCAGGACGCCCUGCAGAACGCCGCCUCCGUUCGCCUCUUCAACCUGACGGUGGAGCAGUUCUUCAGCAGCAGAGGAGGUGAAGAGAGUCGGUUCUCCGGUCUGGGUCGAUCGCUGGCCGGGCUCCUGCAGACUUUGCCGGAAAACGUCCAGAUCUUCUCUGUUGGUGACGCCGGCCAACGGGAUGGGGCAAAGGAGCUGAACGUUUGGUUUGCUGCUCACGGCUCGCCGUACUACAAGGCGGAGAAACUGCACGGCUACGUAGCAGCGAACAAAGCCAAGCUGGAGGCCAUGUUGGGAGUGUCCAUCUCUCAGGUGGGCGUUGACGACUGUGCCCACACAGACUGCAGUCAGUCUGGAGGCUGCAGUAACGAGGUUUCCUUCAGCCAGGCCCCGGUGGCUCUCAGCUCCGGUAACAUCUCUCUGGUGUCGCUGUCGGCGUUGUCGAGGGCAGAGUGUGGCUGCAGGGGUCGAGAGGCCAUCCACCUGUCCUGCUCCGUCUACCCCACCAACCCCUGCCUCAACGGGGGCACCUGCCAGGACGGACCGCUGGGGUACAGGUGUAAGUGUCCGCCCAUGUUCGAUGGCCCCGAGUGCCAGCAGACCAAGCACAGCUUCGGCGGCCAAGGCUACGCCUGGUUCCCUCCCAUCAAGCCUUGUUUCCAGAGCCACAUCUCCCUGGAGUUUCUGGCCGAGUCGGCCAACGGGCUGCUUCUCUACAACGGACCUCUCGGCCCCGCCCACUCCGGGGAGCAGGAGGACUUCAUCGCCAUAGAGUUGAGGAACGGGGUUCCAGCUCUGAGUAUAAACCACGGAUCAGGGACUCUGACUCUGCAACUCCCGCCCAAAUCCACCGUCACCGACCGGCGCUGGCAUCGCCUCGACGUCGUCAGUGAUGGAAAGGCCGUGCAGCUGAUCCUGGAUCAGUGUGGGGGGGUGGCGGUGAACGAGCCGGAGGGCGUCGGGGGUGACGCUCAGGAGACGGACGAGUCCGGCUGCAGAGCUGCAGGAGAGACACCUGGGAACCAGAGGUAUCUGAAUGUGUUCCAGCCUCUCCAGUUGGGAGGAGUGAAGGAAACGUCUCCUCACCGACGUUACCACAGUUUCACCGGCUGCAUCCGCAACCUGGUGGUGGACAGUCAGGUGUACGACCUGGCGUCUCCAGGUGAGAGCGUGGACAGCGCCCCAGGGUGCAGGCUAACGGAUGGGGUGUGCGUGACGGCAGCCGGUCCCUCCUGCGGCGUCCACGCCUCCUGCCUCGCUGACUGGGGCUCCUUCAGCUGCGAGUGCCACCCAGGAUACACCGGACACAAGUGUGACAAAGCCGUCCCAGAGUUCUCCUUCGACUCCGGCAGCGUCGUGCGUUAUCAGCUCAGAGGAGGCGGAAGCUCCCGACGCACAAACGUCCAGCUGCUGCUCCGAACCAGAUCCACCACAGGCACCCUGCUGUCCGUGACGUCCCGGGAGGCCAACGAGUACAUCGUCCUGGAGAUCAUGGAGGGUCACCUCUCCGUUCGCGCCAACCUCGGUGAUGGCGCCCACGCCCUGCGGCUCCCCGGCCAGCGGGUGGACAUUGGGCAGUGGGUCCUGGUCAGCCUCAGUCGCCAGGACAACCUGUUCACCCUGAGGCUGGAGCAGGGCGGAGGGUCCCGGGAGGUCCAGGCCCAGCUGGGGAGCCGGAGGGAGAUCGUGGUUCACCCGGCAAGCGUGAUGGUCGGCAAUGGACCGAACACGGGAGACAAGGGAGACUUUCAGGGCUGUCUGCGGGACGUUCGUUUUAACGGUCAGGUCCUCCCUCUGGACGGGCAGAGCCGGGACCUGGUGAUGGUGCUGGACAGGCGGGGCGUCACCUCUGGGUGCUCCAGCGACGCCUGCAGCAGCCAGCCCUGCCGCAGCCCGCUGCACUGCAUCGACCUGUGGCGGAAACACCAGUGCAGGUGUCCCGGCGGUCAGGUGACUGUGACAGACGAGUCAGGUCAGCAGCGUUGCGUGCCAUCACCCUGCGGACUCUCUUCCUGUCGUAACGGCGGCAUGUGUCAGGCGCUGUCACCCGACAGUUACCGGUGCCGGUGUCAGGAGGGGUUCAGGGGUCAGCGCUGUGAGCUGGGGCAGGUCAAAGGUCACCGGCUGGCCGCCCUCAGUCCCAGCUCCAUCUUGGCCAUCAGCAUGUGUCUGCUCGUCUUCUUUGCGGUGCUGGUGGCGGUGACGGUGUGGAACCAGAAAGGCAGCCGUAACAAGUUCAGGAAGCGAGGAGUUUACCACAUCCCCACUGAACACGAGAGCUGGGAGGACAUCCGAGAAAACAUCCUCAACUACAACGAGGAGGGAGGCGGGGAGCAGGACCAGAACGGAUACGACAUCACAGAGUUGAAACGCCCGCUGUGCUCCAGUCUGUCCCAGUCUUCAUCCUGCACCACUGCCCCGCUCAUCAAGUCCUCACCCGGCUCCCAGGAGGAGGUCCACCCGUCCAGCUCCUCCUGCAGCUCAGGUGCCCCCUACCUCAGCAUCCCGCACCACCACCACCACCACCACCACCAGCAGCAGCAGCAGCAGCAGCAGCAGCAGCACGCCGCCGCCAGCUACACUGGCGACGCCACCUACGCCAACUUCACCUCACACGCCGGCCGAGACGUGGAGACGAGCGAUGCCAGCAGCUACGUGGACGCCGCCCAGCCAGGGUCGCGCUCCCAUGUGGACUUUAAGAGCUACGUGGCACGGAUUAUCUGGGAGGCCGACAACGACGGCGAGGCGUUCCCACCGGAUGCCUACCACGUCUGGUGCGUGGAGGGCUCAGGAUCGUCAGCGGGGAGCCUCAGCUCGCUGGGGUCGGCGGCAUCGCGCAGAAACAUCACAGAGGAAGAGGAGGAGGACGACGAAGGAGGGUUCGUCUACGACAGGCUGUCGCGGUGGGGCCCCAAGUUCCAGGCUCUGAGCGAGAUGUACGACCGGCCCCAGCUCACACUGUCAUACAAGGACGCUAUAGCCUACAUACAGAGGAGCCACAGCCACGACCCCCUGCCUCAUCACCACUAGGGGGCGCCACACAACCCCACCCACCUACACACACACAUAAAACAGACCUGGGGAGGGUGGUGCUGCGUUCACGUCAAAUCUGAGGCAGAAAAAACCACAGAAGGGCUGUGUGAUGUGGUUCAAUAUUAACAACAUCGAAAAGAAUAUUUUAUAGAUAUAUAUGCAAAACAACGCUGCUCUGAAAUGAAAUAAUCAGAUCAUUAUGAUUCACCUGAAAGGUGUAAUGUCAUGGAAUGCUGACUCCCUGUAUGUUUUCACCUUUAGUGAACAACUCAGUGUUUUUAGGAGUGAAUCAUACACAAAGCCUCUCUUCGUUUCAGUAGAUAUUCCUCUUCAGUGUUGCAUCAUCUUAAGCACGUUUGCAGUUAGUAAAAUUACCAAAAAUGAACCAUGAACCAACACCUGAUUUGGGCCUAAACUGGUCCAAAUACACAGAUAUAUUCAGUUCCUUUUGCUCAGGUUAAAGUUGAGGUCAGAACAAGAUAAACUGUACAUUAAUUUAAAAUAAACAGGAGGCACAGAGAAGCCUUUAAAACUGAAAAACAAAAGAAACAGUUUGGUGGCAGCAGCAGAAGUCAGAGCUCUGUUGCCCCGCCCACAGGUCUGACAAAGCUAAUGUGAUUGGCUCAGACAGGUUAGUUCACUUGUCUUGAAAUGUGAUUGGCUGAACCAAAAAGUCCUGGUUCUGAUUGGCUGCUGGCUCCUUUAGAGGGAAGUUUGAAUUCUCAGUCUGUAACUUCUGUGAUUCUCUGGACCAUGAGGAGCAAACAAACACAGCAGAGAAACUUUAAUGUGAGUAAAACAACCAACCAAUGAAUCUGUGUUUAGAUGCAGUUUCAUUCAGAAAUGUUCUGAUGCUGUGAGUUUAGUUAGUGGAAAAAAUGAGAAAAUCCAGGUGAGUUUUGAUGAAGUCAGAACAUUUACAGGCUCUCUGAUUUCUCCUGGAGAAGAACUGAGAGAUUUUGAACCAGUUUGAUUCUAGUUGCUGUUGCACAACUACAGCAAACAAUUAUCAUUGUUAUGAAUUAUUCUGAUGCUUGUUUUCUCAGUUAAUCGUCUGUAAAACUUCCCACAGUCCAGUUUCAAAUUAAAAUUCAAGUCUUGUUCAUUUAUUUUCACAAAAGUAAAGUGAGGAUUUAUGGAAUAACACUUAAAGCUCAAGCUCUAAAAUAUUACAAUAACUGGUUUUUAAUCAGUGUUUUGAUGGUUUACAACAAAACCAAAAAUGUGCUCGGCUUCGUCUCGGGUCGUGUUUUAUUUUUGACGUGACGUGAACGCAGCAGCUCUGUUCCCUGGUGUCACGGCAGUAAAACUACGAUAUGAUGCCGAUGUUUCUUCAUGUAGAAAACCAGAUGCAGUUCAAGUUCAAAGCAA